GUUGUUCAUUCAUGUUGUGAACUUGUAAAUAAUGUUUAUCUGAUUUUAUACUGGAAUAAGUUAAUAAUAAAUUGAAAUAUGGAUACUAUGACCUUAAAAGAAAUACAAAGCAAAUUGCUGCUAUGGGAAGCUGCAGGGAACCCAUUGGCGCCACUAACUGCUUCGCAAAGAGAAGCUAUACUGGACUUGGAAACCUUGAUACAAAGUGAUGGUGUUUUGGAGGAGGAUUCUCAAAAAUCCCCACCAAAUGAAACAUCCGACACCACAAAUGUACUGCAAGUCAAUACAAUGUAUGAUUUCUUGGAGUUUUAUGAAAACUUGAGUGAGCAAAGUAUAAAGGCCAGCGAUGCUCCUUAUGAAGCAUAUUACAAACAAUUAGAAGAAAGGAAAAAUGAAUGUGUAAAUUUAACUGACCAGAUUGCAGCUACAUUAUCAAAUUUAGACAAACUGUCUGAUGAAUACAAUCUUGUGUCCAACAAAACGAAUGCCCUCCACACCAUGAGUGAACAACUGCUGGCCGAUCAGAAUAAACUCUCUGCUAUUGGCGAUAAUAUAAAGCAGAAGCUCCACUAUUUCACACAAGUGGAGCACCUCUCGCAGCGACUCAACAGUCCAACCAUGUCUGUGAAUAGCGAUACAUUCUUCAAUGUGCUGUCCAAAAUAGAUGAGUGCUUGGAGUAUAUGCGGGCUAAUAGCACAUUCAAAGAAGCGCACUCGUACACUGUAAAGUACCGUCACUUGCAAAGCCGCGCUAUGUCUCUCAUACGUAGCUACGUGAACCACGUCUUGAACAUGGCUACAGAGCAAGUGCUUUCGCCAGAAGAGCCACACGACAGCGAACAAAUGGAUAUGGCAUAUGCUGUUUACUUCGGCAAGUUUCAAGCCGUCGCACCUAAGUUGAAAAUGGUGAUCGGGGAAAUUGAGAAACGAGCGGAGGUCAAUGAAGACUACGCGUCCCUACUCUCAGACAUACAGCGUGAAUACGCAAUACGCAGACAGCGCGUAGCCGGCGGGCCCACAGCCGGCGCGCUGGCUGUAGCUGGCAGCAAGCACGCGCGCGACCACUGCGCUAUGCUGCGAGCUGCGUGCUCUUUACUGGCGCUAGCUGUGAGGGACGAGUGUGCGCUGUAUGAGCACUUCUUCUCCAAGUCCUCUCCGGCUUUAGAGGAAUAUCUCCAAUCGCUCAGCAACGGCUUGUACGAGACGCUACGACCGCACAUCAUACACAUCAACCAUCUGGAGACGCUCGCCGAACUGUGUGUUAUAUUAAAAGUGGAAGUGAUUGAGGAACAAGUUAAUAACGAUCCGUCGCUCUUAGCACUGGGCGCAGUGGCCCGGUCGCUGCUGCAGGACACGCAGGAGCGGCUCGUGUUCCGCGCGCACGUGCACCUGCGGGCCGACGUGCUGCACUACCGCCCCGCGCCCGGCGACCUCGCAUACCCCGACAAGCUGGAGAUGAUGCAGCAAAUCGCCUUGUCCCUCCAAGAGCAGAGCCUCAAACGGAGCGACUCUCGCAACUCCAUGAUAUCGGACAUUUCGACCACUUCCCAAGAAGUAGCCAACAUCAACGUGGAAGCACAACGCCGACCGCAAGCGUCUCCAGCUGACCUGCACGGCAUGUGGUAUCCAGGUGUUCGAAGAACUCUAGCAGCACUAUCCAGGCUUUACAGGUGCCUGGAAAAGCGAGUUUUCCAAGGCCUAGCCCAGGAAGCAAUUUCCCUCUGCGUGCAGAGUGUUUCCAACGCGGCGAACCAAAUCUCUGCGCUAAAAACAAGCAUUGACGGCGAAUUGUUCCAAAUUAAACAUCUUCUGAUACUCCGAGAGCAAAUUGCUCCUUUCCAAGUGGAUUUUGUCAUUAAGGAAACUUCUCUAGACUUCAGCAAUAUGAAGAAUGCUGCAUACGGUUUGAUACAACGUCCAAGGCAGAUUUUCUCUCUGAAUAGCAAUAAUGCGUUAUUGGAAUUCCUUCUAGAAGGUACUCCAAUGGUUAGGGAACAUUUGCUGGACUCGAGGAAGGAGGUGGACAGACAGUUGAAGAGUUGCUGUGAGAUGUUUAUCAAGGAUGCUACGGAAAUCAUGGUCGGGCCGUUGAUCGAGUUUAUUGAGAAGGUUCAAUCCUUCCAACCAGCAGAUCAGCUCAAAGUACAACCGUGGGCAACGGCUUCUCAAAUUGCCGUUAUAGUGCAAGAAGCUCAGAGACGAAUUAAAACACAUUUAGCGCCGAUUCAACGGUCCAUGCAGUUGUAUCUCGCUAAUAAGGAGACCGAGUUCAUACUUUUCCGGCCUAUACGGAACAAUGUCGUUGGAUACUUCGUACAAUUGGAGCAAUUAUUGACAAAUUCUGGUUAUUCCUAUGAUGACGUCAUCAUCGUAGCCUGUCCUACACCUGAACAAGUAUCAGUGUUCAUAUCAUCUGCCAGUCUUAUCAGCCACAAUGAACCAGUAUUGCCAUAUGGGAAAAAGAAGCCGACUAGUGUCAUUCGGAAACCUAGUGUUACCAGUAUUACAGAAAAAAAGGAGGACAAGCCACCUAUUGCCAGCAAUCCUACAACUAGUCAGACAUAGAGACAAUAGUGAAAUUUUAUUAUGUAGUAACAAAUAAUUGCAUUUUUAUCAUAAGAAUAGUUAUUGUAGGUUUAAUUUUAAUAAAAUCAUAAAUGGAACUGUAUUAAUGCAAAAAUAAAAGAUAAUAUUCGAUGGAUUUAUUUAUUUACAAUUAUUUAACUUAUUCACCAAUAAAUACGUACACCAAAGA